AUGGAGACCUUUAAUGGCAUCCCUGCACUGUAUUCUCUCCUUGAAAGAUGGCAGCAGCUCACGGCAGCAACUACAGGAUGGUGGCUACUGUGGGCAGGAGGCCUCACGCUCAUCCUGGGCCUUCUCCAACUUGCUCGAACAUGGUGGUCGCUGAGGCACAUCCCUGGCCCAUUUCUCGCCAGCAUCUCCAACCUGCCUCGUGUAUGGUGGCAAAUAACCGGUCGCGCGCAUCUCUACCAUCAAGCCGCACACGCAAAAUAUGGGGAUGUCGUCCGCAUUGGACCCCGCAUGGUUUCCUUUAGCAACCCCGAAGCUAUUCCUACCGUCUAUCCUGUUCGGCCCGGCUUCCCCAAGGGUGAUCUUUACUCUGCUUUGCGUCCUUAUACAAGCGAACGAGGCCCCAUAUACCUAGUAUUCAACACCCAGGAUGAGUCAAUGCAUAAGCUAAUCAAGAGCCCAAUUGCGCCACUCUUCUCACUCUCCAGUGUAGUUCAAUUUGAAGGUCUAGUGGAUGAAGUGCUUGCAGUUCUAUCUAAGCAGUUGGAUGAGCGCUUCGUGGCCACGGGUGAGACAUUCGACUGCGCCGAUUGGCUACAUUUUUUCUCAUUUGAUGUCAUGGGGACCCUGUCAUUUUCAAAGCAGUAUGGCGCUCUUGAGCAAGGUCGUGAUGUGAAUGGUAUGCUGAGUGAGGUCUAUCGGUUCUUCCAGCUGGCAGCACCGAUGACACAAAUAACCUGGCUUGACCCAAUUCUGUACAAAAAUCGUUUGAUGCAUACCCUUCGAAAGCUACAGAAAAAGACACCGUCAAUGUCCAUUUUAGACUUUGCAAGCAGGGCUAUCAAGGAGCGGAUGGCUAAGGAAGGCAACGACAAGGAGGAUCCCAACACCCCACCUCGCAGAAAAGAUUUUUUGGACCGUUUCCUCGAGAUCCAUCGCCAGAGUUCAAAGCUUCCACCAUGGGCUUCUACCGCAUGGACCUUUUCUAAUAUCAUCGCUGGCUCCGACUCUGUUGGGACAGUAAUGAAGACUGCCCAUAUUAACCUCCUUUCUCACCCCGAUUCCCUCGAAAAGCUGCAAUGCGAACUCGACGGAGCGAACCUGACCAGGCCAUACCCACUGUGGGAACAAGUUCGUGAUUUGCCUUAUCUGGACGCUUGUAUCCAGGAAGCUGCACGUGUGCAUCCCCCAUUCGCUCUUCCCUUUGAGCGGGUUACUCCUCGAGGUGGUGUGACGGUACUCGGUCAUUAUUUGCCCGAGGGAACUAACGUAGGAGGUAAUGCUUACGUCGUCAAUCGUCACAAAGGCACCUUUGGGCCAGACGUGGAGGCUUGGAGGCCAGAGAGAUGGCUUGAAGGAGACGAGAGCCACAGAAAGACACUGGAGAAGAGCCUGCUCACGUUCGGCGCCGGAAGACGCGUGUGUCUGGGUAAGCAGAUUGGGAUUGUGGAAUUGAAAAAGCUUCUACCAUUUCUGUUCGUGAAUUACGAAUUACAACUGGUGGAGCCUUUGCCAUUCAAAUGGGAGAAUUGUUUUUUUUCCAAGCACCGAGGCUUUACUUGCCGGAUCAAAAGACGGGAGUAA